AUGGCAACUGCUGUUAAAGAUCCUGUGCUACCAUCGGAUCGAACAACUGAGCCUGUCGCAGGUCAAGAUGAUGUUAUUAAAAAAGCUACCGACCUAAGUCAUGAUCCAGAAUCAAGUCAAUCAAUAGACGCUGAAAAAUUGAAGGAAGCUGAAGCGCUUGCUGAGAAGGAAAAAAGAGAGCCUGUUCCAGCAACCUCAGUUGGUUGGAAACAAAUUGGUGAAUGGGAAGAAAAAGAUGCUUUAACUCAAGAUGAUGAGUUGAUGGAUUUGGCUACGCCAACUUUACUGGAUAGUUAUUUACCAGAUGCUCUUUACGGUGAUUGGUAUCAUAGUGUUGGUUUGCUAAUUGGUGCUGGGUUAUUGUCCUUCAUUAUUGGUUGGUUCAAUUUCUCUAUUGCUCCAGUUUUCUUUGUUACUUUAGCUGCAUCUGUUUAUUAUAGAGCUUCUAUCAAAAAAUAUAGAUCAGUUGUUAGAGAUCAACUUCAAAGAGAAUUUACAAUCAAGCACAUUGAAAAUGACUAUGAAACCAUGGAUUGGUUGAACACUUUCUUGGACAAAUAUUGGAUUUACUUGGAACCUUCAAUUUCUCAAAUUGUUACAGAACAAGUUAACCCAAUUCUUGCUACAAAUGAAGCUAUCCCACCUUUUGUUAAAGCCAUCUGGAUUGACCAGUUCACUGCAGGUAUUAAACCACCAAGAAUUGAUUUUGUCAAAACUUUAAACAUCCCAAAAGAUGAUGUUGUUGUUAUGGAUUGGUCAUUUUCAUUCACUCCUCAUGCUACUGCUGAUUCAAGUGCUAAGCAAUUGAAGAACUAUGUGAAUCAAAGAGUUGUUUUGAAAGCUAAUGUUUUUGGUGUCACAAUCCCAGUUGUCGUUGAAAAUGUUGCUUUUAAAGCUUGGGCGAGAGUUAGAUUAAGAAUGACAACCAAAUUUCCACAUGUCGAGACUGUUAAUGUUUCAAUGAUGGAACCACCUGAAUUUGAUUUCAUUAGUAAGUUACUUGGUGAAUCUGUUUUCAAUUGGGAAGUCCUCUCUAUUCCAGGUCUUUACCCAUUUAUUAAUGAAAUGAUCAAGAAGUUUGUCGGUCCUAUGGUUUUCAGACCAUUUUCAUUCCAAUUGAAUGUGCCACAAUUGUUAUCAGGUAGUAACACUUCUAUUGGUGUUUUGAGUAUUAAAGCUAAAUCCGCUAAAGGUUUGAGAGCUGCUGAUCGUGUUUUGGGUAACACUGUUGAUCCUUACUUGACGUUCAACUUUUAUGGCAAAGAAGUUUUGGCUAAAACCAAAACCAUUUUGGAUACUUUUACUCCAACUUGGAACGAAACUGUUUAUGUUUUAGUUGGAAGUUUUACCGAACCUUUGAUUGUUACUGCUUACGACUACAAUGAUGAUAGAAAAGAUAAGAAUAUUGGAUCUUUGCAAAUAGAUUUGAAUGAUGUUUCUGAUAAAAAAAUUGCAAAGAAUGAAGUCGGUCAAUUUUUGAGAAAUUCCAAACCAGUCGGUGAAUUAUUAUAUGAUUAUGAAUUCUUCCCAACAUUGGAAGAAGAAAAACUACCAGAUGGAUCAACUGAACCACCACCAGAUUUGAAUACUGGUUUAACCAAAAUUGAAUUCACCGAAAUUAGAAAUGUUCAAAGUGACGGUAAAUUAUCUUGUUACACUGAAUUUUACUUCAAUAAUGAGCUUGUUCAAAAAACUGGUGUUACUAAAAAUAAUGACAAUCCAAAAUUCUCAAUUCCAUUUGAAUCAAUCAUCACGGAUCGUCGUAAAGCAAAAAUUAAAGUUCUUGUUAAAGAUCCAAAGGGUAAGCUUUUGGCUGCCAGUGUCCAAACAUUGAACAGCUUGAUUGAUAGAACUGAAAUAGGUAACGAAUGGGUUCCAUUCACCAAAGGUGAAGGUGAAUUCAAGAUUUCAACUGUUUACAGAUCUGUUGCUUUGAAAGAUGCGCCAGGUGCUGGUGGUUACACUGAGCCAAUUGGUGUUGUAAGAGUGUUAUUGAAUAAAGCAGAAGGAUUACGUAACUUGGAGAAAGUUGGUAAGAGUGAUCCAUAUGCCAGAGUUUUGGUCAAUGGUGUUGUUAGAGCAAGAACUGAUUUCAUUCCAAAUAAUUUGGAUCCAGUUUGGAAUGAAGCUCUGUACAUUCCGGUUACUUCUCCAAAUCAAAGAUUAACCAUUGAAGUUAUGGAUGCUGAAAAACGUCAAAAUGAUCGUACUUUAGGUGCUUUCAAUGUUAAAACCAGCAAUAUUAUUGAAAAGAACGAUGAAGACAAAUAUGUUGAAUAUGUCGAUAAAGAACUAAGAACUGGCCGUCUUGUUCAUAAGAAGGGUCCUAAGGGUAUUGUCACUUAUGCUUUAUCUUUCUAUCCAACUGUUCCUGUUAAAACAUUAGGUGAUAUCCAAGAAGAACAAGAAGAAAAAUCUAAAAAGGAAGCUGAAGCAGCUAAGAAGGCUGAAGAAGACGCCAAAUCUGGUAAGAAAGAUAACAAGAAAGAUAACAAGAAAGAUAACAAGAAAGACACCAAGAAAGAAGGUGAAAAGGAAAAGGUUGAAGGUGAAGAUGAUUUUGAUGAAACCAAUAAAGUCCAAUUAUCACUACCAGAAUUACUCACUCACAACACUGGUGUCUUUGUUUACACUGUCUUAUCUGGUGAAUACAGUUCAAUCAACAGUUAUUUACAAGUUUUCUUUGAUGGUCAUGGACAUCCAGAUAAUGUUGGACCAGAAAUUAAAAGUAAAAAUGUUACUAAUCCAUUUUCUGGUGAUGCUUUAGUUAAAGAGUUGGAAUGGUCUAAUGUUACUUUCAGAUUAGUUAAGGAUCCAAAAAAUAACAGAGAAGAAGAAUCAAUUGCAGAAUCUUCCUUGCCAGCUCUAUCAUUAUUGAAAAAUUCUUACCAUCAACCACAAACAUUGACUUUAACUGGUAUGGGUACAAACAGAUUGUUAAUUCAAACACAAUGGAUUCCAGUUGAAGUUAGUAGAUUACCACCAGCUGAUUUGAUCACUAACUCUGGUCAUCUGGAUUUGGACAUCAUAAGUGCCAAUAACUUGUUAAGUGCAGAUUCAAAUGGUAAAUCUGAUCCAUUCAUUAGAGCUUAUAUCAAUGAUGAAGAAGAUUCAUUCUACAAGACUAAAACAAUCAAAAAGACAUUAGAUCCAACAUGGAAUGAAAAGACAAGUCUUGAAAUUACCAACAGAGUUAAUACCGUUAUUACAUUCAGAGUUGCUGAUUGGGAUUUUGGUGCCGGUCAGGAUGAUAAACUGGGUGAUGCUAAAUUUGAAUUAGCUGAAAUUGAUCCAAUCAAUCCAUCAACAUACGAUAUUCCAGUCGUCGGUCCAAAAGGUGAAGAUGGUGGUGUUGUUCAUGUUAAAACUUCAUUCAGACCAAGUUAUAUCGUUAAGGUCAAUAAGCAGAGUUCAAACAUCGGUGAAUCUGGUUUGAAAGCUGUUGGUACAGGUCUUGGUGCUGGUCUUGGUGCUGGUAAAACUGUCAUUGGAGGUGGUGUCGGCGUUGUUGGUAAAGUUAAAAAAGGUAUCUUUGGUGGUGGUAAGAGCAAAGAUAAAGUUGAAGAAGAGGAAUAA